GCGUCGCGCACGGCUGGGCGGGGCGGACCGCGCUUCCUCUGUGGCGGCGGCUGGGACGCCGCGGCUGGGCCCAAGAUGGACCUUCCGAAGCUGCUCGCCGCCCCGACCGCGCGCGGAGCUCAACAUGGCGGCGGCGGCGGCCCCGGCCGACUCCGCCGAGGCCCGGGGCCACCGCCCAGCCCGGGCCCCGCGCGCCGCCGCCUGCUACUGCUGCGGGGCUCCGAAGAUGGCGGGCCGGGGCCGCUGCGCGGGGAGGCCCCGGCGGCGUCGGCGGGCCCGGGGCCGAGCCCCCCGCCCCCCGAGGACGGUGGCGACUCUUUCGUGGUGCUGCUGGAAGUGGCGCGUGGCGGUGCGGCCGAGGACCCCGGGCGGCGGGAGGUGGGGUCCGGCGCUGGCGCGAGCCCAAUCACCCACUCCGAGCCGGGCCCCAGCUGCGCAGCCACCGCCCCCGGGUCCGGCGCGGCUCUCGCGGGCACCGUCACCAUUAACAGCCAGGACCUGCUGGUGCGCUUCGAUCACGGCGUCUUCACGCUGGCCGCCGCGCCGCCGCAGCCAGGCCAGCCUCCCCGAGGCCCGCCGGCGCCACCGGGCGAGGAGGUCACGAGCCCGGCCGAGGGCCGCCGGGGUCCCCAGGGUCCGGGCCCUAGUGCCCCGGGCUACCGCUGUCCCGAGCCGCAGUGCACGCUCUCCUUCGCCAAGAAGCACCAGCUCAAGGUGCACCUGCUGACGCACGGCGGCAGCCAGGGCCGGCGGCCCUUCAAGUGCCCGCUGGACGGCUGCGGCUGGGCCUUCACUACCUCCUACAAGCUCAAGCGGCACCUGCAGUCGCACGACAAGCUGCGGCCCUUCGGCUGCCCGGUGGGCGGCUGCGGCAAGAAGUUUACCACCGUGUACAACCUCAAGGCACACAUGAAGGGCCACGAGCAGGAGAACUUGUUCAAGUGCGAGGUGUGCUCCGAGCGCUUUCCCACGCACGCCAAACUCAGCUCCCACCAGCGCAGCCACUUCGAGCCGGAGAGGCCCUACAAGUGUGACUUUCCCGGCUGUGAGAAGACAUUCAUCACAGUGAGUGCUCUUUUUUCCCAUAACCGAGCUCACUUCAGGGAACAAGAACUCUUUUCUUGCUCCUUUCCUGGGUGCAGCAAACAAUAUGACAAAGCUUGUCGCCUGAAAAUUCACCUGAGAAGUCAUACAGGUGAAAGACCUUUUAUUUGUGACUCUGACAGUUGUGGCUGGACCUUUACCAGCAUGUCUAAACUCCUGCGACACAAAAGGAAACACGAUGAUGACCGGAGGUUUACUUGCCCUGUUGAAGGCUGUGGGAAGUCAUUCACCAGAGCAGAGCACCUGAAGGGCCAUAGCAUCACCCACCUGGGCACAAAACCAUUCGAGUGUCCCGUGGAAGGGUGCUGUGCUAGAUUCUCUGCCCGUAGCAGCCUCUACAUUCACUCCAAGAAACACCUGCAGGACGUGGGUGCUCCGAAAAGCCGUUGCCCAGUGUCCAGCUGUAAUAGACUCUUCACCUCCAAGCACAGCAUGAAGGCCCAUGUGGUCCGGCAGCAUAGCCGGCGCCCAGAUCUCUUCCCUCAGCUUGGAGCUCCGAGUUCUCUUACGCAUAGCAGUGAACUUAGCAGCCCAGGCCAAAGUGAGCUGAACAACCUAGACCUGGCAGCGCUCUUCUCUGAUGCACCUGGUGAUGGUGGUAGUGCGGCAGGGGCCUCAGACGAGGCACUGAACUCUGGCAUCCUGACUAUUGAUGUUACUUCUGUGAGCGCCUCACUCGGAGGGAACCUUCCUGCUAAUAAUAGUUCCUUGGGGCCCAUGGACCCACUGGUGUUGGUGGCCCAUAGUGACAUUCCUCCAAGCCUGGAUAGCCCUCUCGUUCUUGGGACAGCAGCCACCGUUCUUCAACAAGGCAGCUUCGGUAUGGAUGACGUACAGACUGUAAACGCAGGAGCUUUAGGCUGUUUGGUAGCUCUGCCUGUGAAGAACUUGAGUCCGGACCCACAGGCUUUGACCUCAGGUGGUCAUUUAACAGACACCAUCUCCACACUGACUUCUCCGAGCUCCCCACCUGGAGACACCAGUGGCCCAGAGCUGCUGGCUCCAAUCAAAGUGGAACCGGCCUCGCCUCCCAGCCCCAACACUGUAAGGCAGCAGGAAAGGAGCCGAGGGGCGCCCAGGUCGGUGUUCUGCAGCCCUGCGGAAAAGCACAGUCCUCAGAAAGACACGGGGCUCAGUGCGGGGACCGGCAGCUUCUAUUUGCUGUGUGACGUUGGGCUGCCUCGAUUCUCUGAGCACAGAUGGUGUGUGGUGAAUGGGUUACAGGAAAGUGGGGGCUCAGCAAGAACUGAUUCCCGAGCCAUUCAACUAGCCAAGAAAAAAAAGCAGAAAGGAACUGGGAGCAAUGCAGAUGCCAUUGUAAAUGGAGCUGCUUUCUUCAUUUCCACGUUGGAUUGCUUGGUGCUGGUGUGGAGGCACACAGCUAACAUCGAUGUUUGGAUUUUGUACCCUGCAACCUGGCUUAAUUCAUUUAUUAGCGCUAGUAGCUUUCUUGUGGGUUCCUAGGGAUUAUUUCUAUAUAGGAUUAUGUCAUCUGGGAAUAAGAUAGUUUCACUUCUUCCUCUCCAAUUUGUAUAUCUUUUCGUUCUUUUCCUUGUCUAAAUGCUCUGACUAGGGGCACCUGGCUGGCUCAGUAAGUAGUGUGACUCUUGAUCUUGGAAUUAUAAGUUUGAGCCCCACAUUGGAUAGAGAGAUUACUUAAAAUCUUUAACAAAUAAAUAAAUAAAUAAAUGCUCCGGCUAGAACUGCCAGCACACAGUGUUGAAUAGCAGUGAAAACAGACAUCCUGGCCUUAUUCCUGAACUUCAGGGGAAAGAUUUCAGGCUAACAGAAUUUUAUUGAGGACCUGUUAUGUGCCAGGCUCUGGGGAGACAGCAACAUGCAAGACAGACGAACACUCCUGCCCAGGUGGAGCUUAUGUUCUACUGGGGAGGGAGAAACAAGUAAGGAACAGUGAUGAAGGUGGGAGGCAGAAAGUGGUAUCAAGAAAAGUAAAGCAGAGGGUGACAUUUGAAUAGAAGUUUCAAGGAGGUGGAGGAGGGAGCCACAGGGUGAUCUAGGGGGAGAGCAUUCUGGGGAGGGAGACAGCAGUGCUAAGACACUGAGGCGAGUGUCCCCAGCCCAAGGAGCAUGGGCAGCUGAGUGGCAGGACUGGGGCAGCCCCAAGAGGGGAGCUUUUUGUGGCUUUUCUCUCCAACCGCACAUUCUGUUCCAGCACACCCCACCCCACAAGCCCUGGCUGGGAAGUCUUAGGUCUAGUAUGGGCUUUCACUGACUCCUUUGCCUGGCCAAGGUCUCUGUUAAGUGUCCUCCACUCUCUGCACCAGGGGUGAGGCCUUGCUGGGGUCUCCAGGGAGGCUGUGGUGAAUCAGACCCUCUGUCUAUGUCACAGACAUUGGCAUCCCUAUAUAAAAGUCAUUAAUCCCAGAAAUUGCAAUCUCCCUGCUUCAACCCCUCUCAGCAUCUUUACAGAACUGAAUAGUCCUCCCCAUGGUCCAUGGGCCCUAUCCAAGUAGUUCCAGACUGGCCUUCUGUCUCUCCAACACUGAGCUCAUAGGAGCCUCAGCCUUUGCUGGCCCUUCCCCUAGAAGGGGAAUGCUGCCUAGAAUGCGCUUCUCCCUCUCUCAUCCUUCAGGAUUGUUAUGGAUAGGCAUCAAAUGUCACCUCCCCUGAGAGGCCUUCCUUGACUACCUCUCCCAGUUAAGUUAUGCCUUGCCCCCUACCCAAAACUUCCUGUAGGUUUCCUUUCUACUGGCUGUUUGCUUUGCAAUGUCUGCCUUCCUUAAAAUGAAAGUCCCAGGUUGGGGAGGGUAUUAUUCACCCCUAAAUCCCCAGUGCUUAGAACACAAGCCCUCAUCCAGCAGGCACUUACUAAAUAUUUGAGAAUGAAGACCAAAUCCAGAGCUUACUUCUCUGAUGUCCAAUUCCAGCCGAGUCUUUGCCCAGACCCCUUAACGGCCCCUCCAUCAGCACUCCCCAAGCAUUAUCUUCUGACUCAGACUUCACACAGUGGGAGACAAGCCAAGGCCCUAGAGGUGGGGUGUUGGGUAUCAUAAUAGUGAGUAGAGACCCUAAUAACAGUAGUGUCAAGGAACUGAGUCCUUGACACGUACCCCCUCUUCGAGCUCACAGCAGCCUCAGGGAAUUGGGAUUGAUCCCAUUGCACCGAUGAGGCAGCUGAGGCUCACAGAAGUGUUGUACUCCGCCAUGUGUGUCUGACACCAUGUGUGUUCUCCCCCGAGGCUGGGCUCCAGAAACGCCACCUGGCUCAGAGCUCAGUGUCCCUGGGCUGUUCUCCCCCAGGAGGCCCCUCUUCCCCAGGGUCUUUCUAGCUCUUACAUUCGUCCCCAGCUCCUACAGAUGAACCCAGGAUGUCAGGGUCAACUGUCAUCCUGGCCUGAGCCCCUGGCUGAUGUGCUCCCAUCCAGGCUGCCUUCACUUGCCUACCUGGCUAGGUGCCCCUGCCUGGCCUGGCCUGCAAAUGCCAUCGGUCUGUCCACUUGCCUGCCUGGCCUGGUUUCCUCCCAAAUGCACAGAUCCUCAACCCAGACCAUGGAGAUCAGCUUGGGGGAAGGGGACCUCCUAUUUGCAUGUCACUGCCAAGGGAAGUGAUAAACCCAAUCUCGAGAGUCACAGGGUACUCCCCCCACCUCCCCCGCCAUGUAACUACUCUAUUGGUACCAUAGGAUGAAUUAGUCUUGUUCAUAAAGCCUUCAACUGUC